UAUGCAGCUGUUGCCAUGCUAACCACACUACGCUGCACAAAGUGCCCGAAUAGACACCCCUCCCGGUAUCCUUUUCCGGGUUUUUACGAGCACACGUUCGACGCGUUUCUCUCGGUGCGGUUACUGGGCGACUAGCGAGUUACAUGCAUCGCCAAAACGGCAUUAGCUAGACUCGAAACGCACUUUAAAUGCGUUCUGUACGAUACAGAGCCGGAAGUUCUGUAACUUUUCGAUCACACCCCCUUACCACUGAUUGGACGGCCGAGUUAAAGUGUUCUGUAUCUAAAAGGAACUCUCCUGGCUCCGUUACGAUACAGAACUCGCAUUUCUUGCUACGUCAAAGUUAUUUUUGAUGUGGGUGCACAGUCCGCUGUACGUCUAAGUCCUAUUUCUAAUUUUCAAGUUUUGAGGGUGUAAUUAACGGGAGUUUAAUUGUUUCUAUCGAAUCAACAUUCCAGUUCUGCUUUGUUCACUGAUUCUGAUUUUAGCUGCCUCCGACUGUACAUGUUUGAUUUGUAUCGAUGGCAACAUGCAACUUCGCCAUAGCCGUCAGCGCGAGGAAUACCUCGGCGUACUUUAUACGCGCAAUUGCCUUUCGCUUUUUCACCAGUCGUUUGAUUUCUUAACUUAACAAAACUUAAAAUCACCAGAAAAACAUAAAGGAAACGGCCACAAAAUUGUUGUGAAAAGUAAAUAAAUCGUUGACCAAUUCAACUACGGUAACGGGGCGCUUUUAGAAACCGUGGUCUCGUUGCGCUGUAACGCUCUAUAAGAUUCAGCGCUGUACCAUUGGCAGAUUCACUUUUACAGAACUCCCGGCUCUGUAUCUUACAGAACGCAUCUAAAGUGCGUUUCGAGUAGUACUAUUAACCUAACAUUCGAUCUGAUCAAAGAAACGGAGUUUUUCCAUCUAGACAGCGUAUAAUUAGCACACAAUUAACUUGCCGUCUGUCUGUGAGAGAUAGCCAGUACUAUUGCUGACCAGGCCAGAUUAUUUCCUGUCUCGAUGGUUAUCUUUAUUAUUACACUGGGCAGACAGAGUAACAGACCGGUUAGCUAAGGACAAAGCCGCUGACAGACGGAUACGCGCUGCCCUCAAUGAACCGGUAUUCUCUCUUGACCAGUCAGUGGACGGCGUGGCACAUGAGGACAGCGUGCGCGGUUCUCUCUCGCUCCAUGUCUAACAUCUUCAACUUAUCUGACCGAACACUUUCCUCAAUAUCAUAAUCUACGACUGCCAGUUGCUUAUAGAUUUUUCCGUUUUUUUGCCUUCAGUUCUCCAAAUAUCUGGAAAAAUAUUAUCGCUUAAAAUGCGACCAUUAAUAAUUAAUCUAAAUAACACCGUUAUUGUGAAAGGUGCCGGUGAUUGCUGGUUGUGGGGCUUAGUGCAUGAUAUUAAUGCGACGGGACUCUUGAUUAAUUUCGACAUUCCCCACCAAAAACCGGAAUGGGUACCUUUUGACAGGGUUCGCUUGCCACCAACGACAAAUUAUUUAUCUGGCAAUAAUUACAGCGGAGACGAACGACGCCCGAAGGAAUGUUACUUUGUCGCCGUACGCCGCGAUGAAACUGGACCAUUUAUCUGGCAAUCGGCGAUCAGUUACCGCAAAAUCUAUGCGCACACCGUUGUGGUAAAAUUCCUGCACAACGGCAAAGAAAAACUGGAAUCCAUCCCGCCGAUGCGCGCCUUUCGUUGUAGUUUUCCUGCAGAGUUAUCUUUGGAUAGCGUACUAAUAAACGGAAGGCUUGUUACAGCCCACACGUUUCACACCGAAAACAUGUCUGGUCCGAACCUCGGCCUCAAAAUUCGCGAGCUCAUGGUAGAUCCCGGAUUCAAUUGUUACCUAAAUAACGUUCAUAACGACAUCGCUUGCUUAAUUAUUGGCACAGACAGCGUCACAGCGGUUAAUAUUCAAAACGAUGGGACUCCGAGACCGUGUAAAAAAUGGAAGCGAGCUGUCAUGGAUAUCGACGACUUUGGGGCCUGGGAUUUGCCGGCUCCUGUCCGCUGGAACGAAGUAGCGGGAAACAUAGACGACGGGGGCAAUGCUGACAUGUUGACGACGAAAUUCGCGUUAUGUUCGGAAAGUUUUCCUGCAAAUAACGCUACAAUAAACAAAGUGGUGUGUUUGGAAAUUUUACUGGAGAUAUUUGGCCAAGUGGAUACAGUAACACAAACCCGCUUGCGUGCAGUGUGCAGCAAAUGGAACAUCAUCUUAUGCCACGAAUCGAUUCUGCAGCACGCUUACUUGUGUAACUAUUACCACCUGAACUGCACCGACAGCGGCUUUCUGUCGUUUUCAACACCAGGCAGCGUUUGGUAUGCUGGCGUGAAAAGCGCGGAAUACCGCGUACGACGAGCGUUAAACCGGUUACCGCGGACGGCGCACACCCUCCGACUGGCAGACAUGAGCACGUACGCAAUUGGGGGACUUCUGUUUCCGUCACCAUUCCAUAGCAAAGACAGGAUUCCAGUGCGAUGGCUGAUUUUAGACCGUCCCGACGCUGUGGUCAGUGAACUGGGCCCUUCGUUAACGGGUUCAAAGAACACAAGACGCAUAACUUUGCAACUCCUGCUGUUCAUGUCAGAGUUCGUGAUAAUCAAGAACUCCUCUGGAGAGUGCUAUCGUUUUCACAAGAGCGGCGGCUUUCCGGGUGAGAUGGUGGGUGCUGUUUCUCAAGUCGAUAGGUAACUGAACACAUCAGCAUCUACUUGAAAACCUGCUCAGACGCCAAGAGAUCCCACAAUUUCAACAGUUAUAAAGCAGCGUCUCUCUGGAGCCGUGCGGUCAGCUUAUCGACCAAAAGCCUCACUACAGAGUAUACUGCAGAACUUCGAUUACGGCGGUUGUUUGAGCAACCUUCUAAAAGCCAUGUGAAUCAAAGUGCCGUUAAUAAUUCUUACAGACUUUACUAUUGGUAAUGACGAAUUCCCGAUACUUUACGACUAUUCCGAUGCAAAAUAUCAAUUACAUCACGCAAUGGCGAUGGAGAUAGCCGUCUUCGGCGAGUGCUGCCGCCGUACAAUUGGAAAGUGCGCGAAAUCUUUUGCGGUGUCGUGUUUGAGCUGUUCUUCUAUUCCAGUCAAGAACAUAUUCAGAGUUUAGUUGCUUUGCCCUCUGACGAAGAGGAGCGGAUGACACGUCUGACUUUCGAGGAGCAUGUCGGUGUACUCGCCGCUGACACACUGGAAAUCACCAUUCCCCAUCUCAUUCUGCACAGCACCGGUGGUCAGUACCACAUGAUGCGGCUAUUUAUGUGGGGCUUGGACAAUAAUGUUCCGCCGAUCACCGACGGCAUACAUGCAAAGGU